CAAUUCUCGAGAGAUCACUUUAACACAGAAAAAGUGGUUGGCUUAAAGCACAGUACAGAGCUUUCAGAGUUGGCUGCUAAGGAUUACCUGCAUGCAGGAAUGAGAGGGCCAUCACUUCUUCAAGGACUCUUCAUUCUGCUGAGUUUGUCAGGAGUCAUGAUUCAGAAGGCCAACUGUACCUGUCCUCGGUGCCCCCUAAAUGCUAUUUGUGUCAAUGACACAGACUGUACCUGCAACCCUGGAUACACCUCCCAAUCUGGGGAGGAAUUCUUCACAUUCCCCUUGGAGAUAUGUCAAGAUACUGAUGAAUGUAAGCCACCCAUUAGUAUAUAUUGUGGACUAAAUGCUGAAUGCCAGAAUGUUCCAGGAAGUUUCUACUGUCACUGUAACCCUGGAUAUAAACUCCUCUCUGGGAAUACACAGUUCAAGAAUUCCAAUGAGAACACUUGUCAGAAUAUCACCUCCUCAAGCACAACCAAAGGCAAUAAAGAGCUACAACGAGUUGUUGAGAAUUUUGAGUCACUUCUCACCAACAAGACUCUGUGGGGAACAGGAGAGCAGACAAAAGUUGCAUCCAAGGCCACAUCUAUUCUCCAGACUAUGGAAUCCAAUGUUCUAGAAACUGCCUUGAACGCCCCAGACCAAGAAAUCCAGAAACUUCAAAACAGUACUGUGGCUGUUGAAACUCGAGUUGUUACAAACAAUUGCUCCAAGGAAAGAAAGAUCUUCACCUUGAACGUCCAAAUGAACUCACUGGACAUCCAUUGCAAUGACAUCAUCCAGGAAAACCUACAAGGUCCCAGUGCAGUUAUCUUUAUUUCAUACUCUUCUCUUGGAAAUAUCAUAAAUGCAACUUUUUUUGACGAGGUAAAUGUGGAAGAUCGCGUUUACCUGAACUCCCAGGUAGUCAGCGCUGCUAUUGGACCCAAAAGGAACACAUCUCUCUCCAGGCCUGUGAUUCUGAGUUUUCAGCACGUGAAGAUGAAGCCCCUGAGCAAGAAGGUCUUCUGUGUGUUCUGGAAGAGCACCGGGGAGGAUGGCCACUGGUCCAGGGCCGGCUGCUUCCUGGUACAGGUGAACAAAAGUCAUACCACAUGCAGAUGCACUCACUUGUCCAGUUUCGCUGUCCUCAUGGCCUUCACCAACCAGGAGGAGGAUCCCGCCCUGGCUGUGAUCACCUACGUGGGGCUGAGCCUCUCUCUGCUGUGCCUCCUCCUGGCGGCCCUCACCUUCCUGCUGUGCAAAGCCAUCCAGAACACCAGCACCUCACUCCACCUGCAGCUCUCGCUCUGCCUCUUCCUGGCCCACCUGCUCUUCCUCGCGGCCAUCGACAGAACAGAGAACAAGGUGCUGUGCGCCAUCAUCGCGGGUGCCUUACACUAUCUCUACCUGGCCUCCUUCACCUGGAUGCUGCUGGAGGGCCUGCACCUCUUCCUCACCGCACGCAACCUGACGGUGGUCAACUACUCCGGCGUGAGCAGGUUCAUGAAGUGGCUCAUGUUCCCGGUCGGCUAUGGAGUCCCAGCUGUAAUCGUGGGCAUUUCCGCAGCGUCCAGGCCUCACCUUUAUGGAACACCUGAACGCUGCUGGCUCCACCUGAAACAAGGAUUCAUCUGGGGUUUCCUUGGCCCCGUCUGUGUCAUUAUCUGCGUGAAUUUAGUACUUUUUCUCUUGGUCCUUUGGAUUUUGAAAAAGAAAUUCUCCUCCCUCAACAGUGAAGUGUCAACCAUCCAGAAUACAAGGAUGCUGACACUGAAAGCAGCAGCCCUGGUCCUCAUCCUUGGCUGCACGUGGUGUCUGGGCAUCCUGCAGGUGGGCCCAGCUGGACGGGUCAUGAGCUACCUCUUCACCAUCAUCAAUAGCCUUCAGGGUGUCUUCAUUUUCCUGGUCUACUGCCUCCUCAGCCAGCAGGUUCGAAAGUGGUUUGGAAACAUCAUGAAACCUAAAUCUGAGUCUGAAAUUUAUACACUUUCCAGCAGGCUUGGCCCUGACUCAAAACACAAUGUGGACAAGUGAAGAGAAAAUAUUAAAACUAGAACUUUCAACUUCACAUGGAAAGUCAUAUCCAUGGAUCUGGUUGGCAUCAUGAAGAAUGAAGCUGAGGACAAAAGGAAUCAUUAUACACAACAUCCCUGGAGAAGAAUUGUUUAACCUGUACUUCUCGGAGUGUUUGUUCUGCAUAAUUGGCUCUCAAUAAAUGAGUGUUGAAUUGGA